ACGAUUACCAGGCGCGGUCUGUUCCGCAGCCACAUUUUCGUUCUACACGUCCGUGCACUUGUUCCGUUUACACGCACCGCUGAUUGUAAUCCACAGCUCGCGUCAAUCGCCGCCAUGCCUAGCCCCCAGAAGAAGGUCUGCAAGUAUGACGAGACCGACGACGUCGUUUUGAGUUUCGCCAAGAUCACCGAUCACGCGCACGCGCCCGUCAAGGGUAGCAGGCGCGCGGCAGGCUUCGACUUGAGAAGUGCUUACUCGUACAUUGUCAAAGCCAACGACAAAGAACUGAUCAAAACUGACAUUCAAAUCAAAGUGCCACACGGUACCUAUGGUCGCAUUGCUCCACGUUCUGGCCUUGCUUGGAAAAACUUCAUAGAUGUUGGUGCUGGUGUGAUUGAUGAAGAUUAUAGAGGAAAUGUUGGUGUAUUGCUCUUCAAUCAUUCUGACAAAGACUUCACAGUGAAUCCAGGUGACAGAGUCGCUCAACUGAUCUGCGAGAAGAUUGUCUACCCUGAAUUGAAAGAGUUCAAGACCUUAGAUGAAACCGAGCGAGGAGAAGGUGGUUUUGGAUCUACCGGCACUAACUAAGUACCUGCAUUAUCUCAGUUAAUUAAGAAAAUAUGUUUUUUUCAAAUCAUCAAAGCAUUGUGAUUAAUAAUUUUAAUUGAUCGUUUAGUUUCUGUCAUCGUUUCUAUCCUUAACUAUUUAGCAUAUGACUCAUUCCUAAAUGUAUUUUGUAUUAUAAACCAGUGAAUAAAUACCAGUUUUUUUAGUCUUAA